CGCGGGGUUGCGGACGCGGCGCUCCGCCCGGCAGGAGACGCUCCAGUCGAGGGUGAGCGCGCGCCGCCCCGGCUGGUGUCCGUCCUCGGCGCUCCGGGGCCGGGCAGCGCUGAGCCAUGGACCUGCGGAUGCUGUCCCGGGAGCUCUCGCUCUACCUGGAGCACCAAGUGCGGGUUGGCUUCUUCGGCUCUGGAGUGGGCUUAUCCCUGAUCCUCGGCUUCAGCGUCGCCUACGCCUGUUACUACCUGAGCAGCAUUGCCAAGAAACCCCAGUUAGUCACGGGAGGUGAGAGUUUCAGCCGCUUCCUCCAGGACCACUGCCCCGUGCUGACCGAAACGUAUUACCCGACCGUCUGGUGCUGGGAGAGUCGAGGACAGACGCUGCUCAGACCUUUCAUCACCUCCAAGCCUCCGGUGCACUACAGGAAUGAACUUAUUAAAACUGAAGAUGGAGGGCAGAUUUCACUGGACUGGUUUGAUAAUGAUAACAGUACCCUUUAUAUGGAUGCCAGCACCAGACCAACUAUCUUGUUGUUGCCUGGCCUCACUGGAACAAGCAAGGAAUCGUAUAUCCUUCAUAUGAUCCAUCUCAGUGAAGAAUUAGGAUACAGAUGUGUGGUUUUUAACAACAGAGGAGUAGCAGGAGAAAGUCUCUUGACACCAAGGACAUACUGUUGUGCUAACACUGAAGACUUGGAGACAGUUAUUCACCAUGUUCACAGCUUGUUCCCUUCUGCUCCUUUUCUGGCAGCAGGAGUUUCAAUGGGAGGAAUGCUACUUCUGAAUUACCUGGGCAAAACUGGGCCUAAAACUCCUUUGAUGGCAGCUGCAACUUUUUCAGUUGGUUGGAAUACUUUUGCCUGCUCGGAGUCACUAGAGAAACCACUGAACUGGCUGCUUUUUAAUUACUAUUUGACAACCUGUCUCCAGUCCUCAGUUAAUAAGCACCGGCAUAUGUUUGUUAAACAAAUUGAUAUGGAUCAUGUCAUGAAGGCUAAGUCUAUUAGAGAGUUUGAUAAACGAUUCACUUCAGUCAUGUUUGGAUACCGGACAAUUGAUGACUAUUAUACUGAUGCCAGUCCAAACCGGAGGCUGAAGUCAGUAAGGAUUCCCGUGCUGUGCCUGAAUUCUGUGGAUGAUGUUUUCUCACCCAGUCAUGCUAUUCCAAUAGAAACUGCUAAGCAAAAUCCUAAUGUGGCAUUGGUCCUUACUUCUUAUGGAGGCCAUAUUGGUUUUCUGGAGGGAAUCUGGCCAAGGCAAUGCACUUACAUGGAUCGCGUCUUCAAGCAGUUUGUGCAGGCCAUGGUUGAGCACGGACACGAACUCUCUAACAUGUAGUUCUUCAGUGCAUCAUGUCUGAAUCACCAUUUUAAAGGCAGCUCAGCUUAGUGCACACAUUUUAACUUAUGUAUAUACAGCAAAGAAGCCAGCAGAUGGGUGAAGAGGUCCAGAAUGACAUGCAAAAACGACUUUUAAGAAAACAAAAUCACUUUGUAGCAAGCAAUUAAAUAUAGUUUAGAUUGUUACUUAUGUAGAUUUUAUUUUUUACUAUGCCUUACCAAAUAUGACCUUAACUAAAGUAGUCUUUAUGUACAUGGAACUGCACUUAACCAAAACUAUUGUGUAAAAAGAUUUUAAUUCCUCAGGGUUUUAAUUUAGGCUAGUGUUUUUUUUUAGAUUACUCAUUUUAAGUGACUUAAUUGUACCUUACUAAUUGUUAAGAGAUUUUGGUUUUACUUGAAUGUAAGUUAUAAGAUGGCACAUUCCUAAGGGUAUUUAUACUUGAAUGGUAAUAUGAAAACUGAAAUAAGAUAAAAUACAAUGCGCUAAAUCUUUUAUGUGUUUAAUUUUAACAAGUGCAACAAUGUUAGCCUGACUUCUCUGUACAUGCUCUUCUAUUCUGAUAACAUAUUAGGGCUGAUUUAUGUUUUAUAAUGAUUAUAAUUUACAUGCUUAUUUUUAAAAUAGUAUAUGUGCACACAUAUAAGUCAUUAUAUUAAAAUCUAUUAUUUUAAA